AUCCAUUCUCUGAGCUUCAACCUCAUGAGCAGAAUCUUCAGUUCAGACCAAGGCAACUCCUGAGAUGGCUUCUGCUUCCGUUCCGGUGGCUUUGUCUCUGACCUCUGUCACGCACCGCAAGCCUUCAUCUCAAGCCUUCUUCAGGCCAUUGCCCUCACCACAACCAAAGAGAACCUUCUCAAAAAAGCCACCGUCAAGCUCCAACCUUCAAAUUAAUGCAUCUUUGAAGGAGAAGGCAGUGACGGGACUCACAGCCGCAACCUUCACAGCCUCUAUGGUGAUCCCAGAGGUGGCCAAUGCUGCUGGAUCCGAUUUCUCCCCUUCUCUCAAGAACUUUCUACUCAGCAUCUUCGCCGGUGGGAUCGUGCUGGUAGCCAUACUUGGAGCAGUUGUUGGAGUUGCCAACUUUGAUCCGGUUAAGAGGACUUAAACUAUGAUCUACUUCUUUUCAUUUCUCUGCCUUUUUGUCCCUGUUCUCAUUUCUUACUUCAUGUAAGUUUAUGCCACUGCUUCUUUUUCUGCACCUUAUUUUGUACCCUCCCCGUGCUUCUUAACGUUAUAAUAUAUAAUAACUGCGUUUGAUCCGGGGUUCAA